AUGAGAUUUCUGCUGCUUGCUGUGCUCUUGGUGAGCGCACUCUUGUCAGGGUCGGUCCAGCCUGCAGGCACGGUGAGUGCUCUGAAACUGUGUGGACGGGAGUUUGUUCGGGCAGUGGUCUACACAUGUGGAGGAUCCAGAUGGAGAAGGAUACCCAGUGAUGACAAUGCGGAAGAUUAUCAGGACCAGACUGGGCUGGACAUCCUGACGUCCAAAACAGGAAUGGACCUGACCAGACGAGACCUAAACGAUAUGCUGACCAUAGUGUGUUGCCAAGUAGGCUGCAGGAACAGUGACCUGGCCCGCUUAUGCUAA